AUGUCUACCGGAAAAGUCAAGACCGCCCAGCUGUGGAACAAGUCCAAGGAUGACCUCGCGUCUCAACUCAGCGACCUCAAGUCGGAGUUGAUCUCGCUCAGGACCGCCAAGGUUGCUGGAGGCUCAAACACCAAGCUCACCCGCAUUCAUGACGUCCGCAAGGGAAUCGCCAAGGUCCUCACCGUCAUCAACGCCAACCAGAGGGCCCAGCUCCGCCUGUUCUACAAGGGCAAGAAGUACACUCCCCUCGACCUCCGACCCAAGCAGACCCGCGCCAUCCGCCGAAGACUCACCAAGCACGAGGCGUCGCUCGUCACCGAGAAGCAGAAGAAGAAGCAGACACACUUCCCCCAGCGAAAGUACGCCGUCAAGGCAUAA